GCCGCAAUCAUCGAACAUGUCCAUCUCGCGUCUGGCCCUUGGAACUUGAAGCUGGAGACUGAAGAGAAGAUGAGCUCAAUCGAGGAGCACCAUGGCGUUGUGGUUCUUGGGGGAGGCAUAUGCGGCCUUGCCACUGCUUUAGCUCUUCAGAGGAAAGGAAUCAAGAGUCUUGUUCUUGAGAAAUCCAAUAAACUGCGAUCUUCAGGGGCAGCAAUUGGUAUUUGGGCAAAUGGUUGGCGUGCUCUUGAUCAGCUAAUGGUGGGCUCAGAGCUACGACCAAAGGCUAUACCUUUGUCAGAGGUAAGGGAGGUUUGGCUUGAAAGUAACAGAACAGUAGUAACUUCGUACAGGGAAGUAGAACUUCGUUGCUUGAGAAGGAGUGACCUGAUUGAAACAAUGGCUAGCAAACUACCAUCAGAGUCCAUUCGUUUUGGCUGUAAAGUUGUGGCAGUUAAAUUAGACCAUACCACUUCCUUCCCUGUUCUUUUUUUAGAGGAUGGAAUCAUCAUAAAAGCCAAGGUUUUAAUUGGCUGUGACGGAUCAGAUUCAAUUAUAGCAAAGUCAUUACAACUGAAGGAACCGAAGGUCUUCCCUAGGGCUGUUGUGCGAGGUUUCACAACCUAUCAAUCUCCCCAUAGCUUUGGCACUUAUUUUUUCCAAAUAAGGUACAAAAGUAUUACGUUCGGAAGGAUACCAAUCAAUGAUAAGCUAGUCCACUGGUUUGUAGGGUUGGCAAAUCCAGCUGGAGAUCAUCUUUCUCGAAAGGAUCUCAAUUUCAUAAAAAAGAUUGCACUUGACUCUGUACGAGAACUUCCUAGUGAGACCAGUGAGAUAGUGAAACACUGUGAUCUUGAUUCAUUGAGCAUCCACUGUGUUUGGUAUCGGCAUCCAUGGCACCUUUUUACAGGUAAACUGUCAAAUGGCACGAUGACGGUGGCAGGGGACGCGAUGCAUGUGAUGGGGCCUUUCCUUGGCCAAGGAGGAUCUGCAGGUUUGGAAGAUGCUAUUGUCCUGGCUAGGUGUUUAUCUCAAGCAAUGCCAUCAAACCUGGAGAAUUCAAGCAGUAGCCACAGCAACUUACAUAGGAGAAUUGAUGCAGCAUAUCGUAAUUACAUCAAGGAAAGAAGGCUGAGGGUGAUUAGGCUGUCAACUCAAUCAUAUCUUACAGGGUUGAUUAUAACAACUAAAUCAUGGAUUGUGAGGGUGAUCUGUGUUGCUCUUCUCAUGGUUCUCUUUGGUGGCAACACCCUCAGCCACACAAGAUACAACUGUGGCCUUCUUUAGACAAGAGAUCAACACAUAAACAUGUGAUUUGUAUCAUCCACAGACAAGCUUCAACUGUUUUUAGUGAAAUGAAAGGUCAAGGUCUAUUGUGCUCUUGGUUAGUCUUUAUGUUCAUCAUGCCAUUUGUUAGACUCUGCCAUGGUUAGUAUUGUAAAAGCUGUUCAUGUUCUGUACACUACAUAAUAAUAUACUUUUCACACCACAAUAAAUGAUAAUUUUCAAUUUGAGGCAGGAGCUAUAA